AUGACGAACAUCAUAGAAAUAAAAACUUUGAAUAUAACCAGGAAACCGGAUAUAACUUAUUUGAAAAAAGGGGUAAACUCGAUGGAAGGUCUUUAUCGUUGUCACCCUAACACCGCAAUGGAAAAGUUACUUUACGCAAUCGACUUAACCGAGGCAAAGAAGUCAUUAAUAUGGAACAGAUUAUUACUGAAAUACGUUGGAAUUUGGCCCCUCGAAGUUUCUAAUGCUCUUUUUCUCUUUUUUUUCAUUUAUCUUUUUUUACAUUGUUCAUUGAUAUUUGCCGAACUGACACGUUGUAAACAUGACUUUGAUGUUUACAUGGUAAUAUUUAGCGAAUACAUACUACACCUAAUGACGCUAAUUAAAAUAACAACGUGCUGGAAAAACAGACAAGCGUUAGGACGUUUGCUUAUCGAAAUACAAAAUAAUUUCAUCGUCGACAAAUACAAUACGUUCGAGAAAAGAUUUAUUUUUAUGAAAUAUACCAAAAUGGCGAAAUAUUAUGUUUUAGUAGCGGUUACCACGAUGACAUUUAGCAUUGCUUUUUAUUACUUCAACGCAUUGUUGCUAAAUAUAAAAAUGGUAAGAAACAAUUCGUCACUGAGUUACAAUCUGCCAUACAAAACACGAGCCAUCGUCGAUAUACGCGACAUUAGGGUCUAUAUUUUCCUCUGUAUUUAUCAGAUGUUGGUAGUACCAAGUAUUAUACUAGGUUUCGUCGGAUUUGAUUGUUUGUUUGCCAAUCUUGCAUUUCAUAUUACUGCACAAUUUGGAAUUCUCAGUUCUAUGCUCAAAGAAAUUCUCGACGACUCUAACACUUUUCAAUAUAAUAUAAAGGAACUUUUACUUCGACAUUACGUAUUGAUAAGACAAGCGAAAACUUUGGAAGAUAAUUUUAAUAUAAUAAUAUUGCAACAAUUAAUGGGCACAACGUUUCAACUUUGUUCAUCUGCUUACAAUACAAUUUUGGACUCUGUAAGCAAAGAAACAUUAACGUUAAUCAUAUUCUGCUUUUAUGCUUUGAGCACAUUGAGUACAUUGUUUCUUUAUUGUUACAUCGGCGAGUGUCUUAUUCAAGAAAGUUUGAACCUGAGCAACGCAAUUUAUCGUUACGAGUGGUAUAACAUGUCACCAAUGAAUUUAAAAAUGGUAAUAAUUUGUAUGUUGCGAAUGAAAAGACCAGAACAAUUAACUUCCGGUAAAUUUUUCGUCCUAUCAUUGACCUCUUUUACCGACAUUCUCAAAACUACGAUGGGAUAUCUGUCACUACUGCGAACACUUCUAUGA